GUGAAAGAUCGAAAAGAACUGGAGAAACAUGUUCCUAUGCCUUUGGAAAUUGUCGUCCAGUAUGAUAAAGCAGCUACUCUCUGGUCGCUGCAUGAGCAAAUUAAACAAAUGGAAGUGGCUGUUGAAGAAGCUGCGCGCUCUAGCUCGCGAAGAAGCAAGUGGCAGUUCAUGGGAGCUCGAGACGCGGGGUCAAAGGAGGAACUGCGCCUCGUCUAUGGUGUUUCCGAAAGAACUGAAAGUGACGGUGCUGCUAAUUUAAUUCAGAAAUUGCGAGCUAUAAAUUAUGCCCUAGGCGAACUAGGACAAUGGUGUGCUUAUAAGGUUGCGCAAUCAUUUUUGACAGCUUUGCAAAAUGAUGAAAGGGCUAAUUACCAGGUUGAUGUCAAGUUUCAAGAGCAAUAUCUAAUGAAAGUUGUAGGAUUAUUGCAAUGCCAGCUGUCUGAGGGAGCUGUCACGAAAAAUGAUUCAGACAAUGCAAAUAUGCGCAAUGGUGACUGCCAGUGCACGGAAGAACUAGAGGAGGGGGAGUUGCCGGACAGUCAUGGUCGGUGCUUGAGUUUGGCUUGUUACUAGCUUUUCUCAAUCUUC